UUUUCGCAUUACGUGGCACAAUCCAUGCCGUAGCUUCUGUUGACGAAACCAGUUGCCAUCUCUCCUUCUUGUAAUUAAGCUAAUCACGUUAAAAGGCGUACUUAAUCUAGCAAAAUCUCAACUACCACUUCACCUCCCUCUAGCACCUCCUCUCUCUCUCUCUCUGCACGACUAGGCAAAAGCGUUGAAUUCGUGUGAAGAAGUCCGUUGGGAGGUGUUUGUCUUGUUUUCUAUACUAGUUUACUAAGCAAUUCCAUUGUUCAAGAGUGCCAAGCCAAAGGCUCCAUCUAUUGUGUCAAACUGUGAAUAACUUCUACAGCUAGCCAAGCAGGAAUUAAGAGGAAGGAAGAUAAUUAAGAACUGACCGGAAAAGAUAAUGAAGUCGUCGUCAUCUUUUGGUGGAAGCAGCUCCAGGCUUUCGAAUUACAGCCGUACAUUGGACUUCCCGGAUGAGCUUGACUCUGGAGCUGCCAGCGACUGUGAACUUGGCGGAGUAAUGUUGCCGAUUUUCCUCAACGACCUGAGAAGAAACAACGAGCAAGAGUUAGUUGAGGUCACGCUUGAGCUUGACAAUGACUCCAUUUUUGUUUGUAGUGUUAAACCGAAUCCUACCUCAACCACGUCGGAUCCUGGUGGCGGAGUUCAUGCCAACGCGGCGGGUAUUUUAGAAAGGAGUUUAUCUGCGUCGUCGAGAAUUCGCCGGAAGUUUGGGUGGUUGAGGUCGAGAUCAUCGAAGACGACUUCAUCAGAGAUUGAUGACAGAACGAUUUCGGCGAGAGAUGCAAGGAAAAUCAACGCGAAACUCCAACGGACGAGAUCGGGAGCUCAGAGAGCACUUAAAGGACUGAGGUUUAUUAGUAAGACUGCAGGAUCAUCUGACACAAGCGAGCUGUGGAAACGAGUUGAGUCGCGGUUUAACUCGCUUGCCAAAGACGGAUUGCUUGCUAGAGAAGAUUUCGGUGAAUGCAUAGGAAUGGUCGAUUCAAAGGAGUUUGCUGUUUGUAUAUUUGAUGCUUUAGCGAGGAGGAGAAGACGAAGAAUAUCGAAGAUAACUAAAGAUGAGCUUCAGGAUUUCUGGUUACAGAUUACAGACCAGAGCUUUGACGCGCGCCUUCAGAUUUUCUUUGACAUGGUUGAUAGCAAUGAAGAUGGAAGAAUAACAAGGGAAGAAGUGCAGGAGCUUAUAAUGCUCAGUGCUUCUGCAAAUAACCUGUCAAAGCUCAAGGAACAAGCUGAAGAAUAUGCGUCAUUAAUAAUGGAGGAAUUAGAUCCGGAAAAUUUUGGAUAUAUUGAGUUGUGGCAGUUAGAAACACUACUUCUACAAAGAGACACAUACAUGAACUACAGCAGACCACUAAGCACAACAAGUGUAGGGUGGAGUCAGAAUUUAAGUUCAUUCAGACCCCAGACAGUGGUGCGUAGGCUGAGCUUUUCAUUGAGGUGCCUAAUUCUUGAGAACUGGCAGAGAAGUUCGAUUUUAAUGCUGUGGAUGAUAACAAUGGCUUGCCUAUUCGUCUGGAAAUUUCUCCAAUAUAGGAAUAGAGAUGCAUUUCAGGUGAUGGGCUUUUGCUUAUGUACUGCCAAGGGUGCUGCAGAAACUCUUAAGCUCAAUAUGGCCCUUAUUCUUUUACCCGUUUGUCGAAAUACCCUUACUUGGCUUCGGUCCACUAAAGCAAGGUCCUUUAUUCCCUUUGAUGACAAUAUUAAUUUCCACAAGAUAAUUGCAUGUGCAAUAGCCGUUGGAGUCAUACUUCAUGCAGGAAACCAUUUGUUGUGUGACUUUCCACGUUUGAUAAACUCUUCUCCCAAUAAAUUUGCAUUGCUAGCCUCUGAUUUCAAUAAUAAGCAGCCUACGUAUGGAGACUUGCUGAUUGGUGUUGAAGGUGUUACUGGGAUUUCUAUGGUGGUUCUAAUGACCAUAGCAUUCACACUAGCAACAAGCCAAUUCAGGAGGAAUGUGGUAAAAUUACCUGCACUCUUCAACAGAUUGACAGGUUUCAAUGCAUUCUGGUACUCUCAUCAUCUUUUUGGCGUCGUCUAUGUUUUGCUGCUUGUCCAUGGAACCUUCUUAUUCUUAGUCCACAAGUGGAAUCAGAAAACAACAUGGCUAUACAUCAGUGCUCCCUUGUUACUCUAUGUAGCUGAACGGAGUGUCCGAACAUGUAGAUCGGGACAUUAUUCAGUAAAAAUAUUGAUGGUAUCUGUUCUUCCAGGAAACGUCUUCAGCUUAACGAUGUCCAAGCCACAGGGGUUUAAGUACAAGAGUGGGCAGUAUAUAUUUCUGCAAUGUCCAGCAAUUUCUCCUUUUGAAUGGCACCCAUUUUCUAUAACAUCAGCUCCGGGAGAUGAUUGCCUCAGUGUUCACAUUCGGAUAGUAGGAGACUGGACGCAAGAAUUGAAGAGAGUUUUCACUGAGGUAAAUGAUUCAUCAGCUGUUAUUGAUCGAGCCAUAUAUGGUCAACCUGGAGCCGUUCAGAGAGGCCAACCGAAACUAUAUGUUGAUGGUCCAUAUGGAGCUCCAGCCCAAGACUACCAAAAUUAUGACGUCUUGCUACUUGUGGGACUAGGAAUUGGAGCUACACCCUUCAUAAGCAUACUUAGAGAUCUUUUAAAUAAUACCAGAGCAGCAGAUUAUCAAACGGAUUCAAACACUGAAACUAGUAGAUCAGAUGAAAGCUCAAACAGUUAUACAUCUUCAAGUAUGAAUUCGAGUAGCAAAAUGAGAACGCAGAGGACUACAAGUGCUUAUUUCUACUGGGUUACAAGAGAACCUGGGUCAUUUGAAUGGUUUAAAGGAGUAAUGAAUGAAGUUGCAGAAAUGGAUCAUAAGGGUCAAAUAGAGUUACAUAACUACCUUACAAGCGUUUAUGAAGAAGGUGAUGCAAGAUCAACUUUGAUUACCAUGGUUCAAGCUCUCAACCAUGCCAAACAUGGGGUCGACAUCCUUUCUGGCACUCGAUUAAGAACACACUUUGCAAGGCCUAAUUGGAAAGAGGUGUUCACUAAAAUAGCAGCAAAGCAUCCAUUUGCCACAGUAGGGGUGUUUUACUGUGGAAUGCCAGUGUUGGCAAAGGAGCUGAAGAAACUAUCUCAAGAACUAAGUCACAAGACAUCCACGCGGUUCGAGUUCCACAAGGAAUAUUUCUGAAUCAAGAGGGAAAUGAUAUUAAGAAAUAUCAAAUCAACUGUUAUUAUUUUGUAAUUAUUAAAUAAUUGAGGGAAAAGUAUACAAAUAUACACACCUUAUGUUUGUAGCACAGUUAGAUGUAAAUGCUGUUUAUACACCAUUCAUGCAGCAACCCAAACCAAAAAUUAUGGGAUUUGAGUAAACAAAAAAAGAAUUUCAGUCGUUGACAAAAAAUUUUCUAUGUUC